AUGGCGAUAUGGCCCUUUGGGCGCAAGGGCAAACGGCCCCGGAGUCAGAUGAAGGCCUCUGAUGCUGUCGACAGAAAUGCGUCGCUGCCGAGUGCUGCCUUGUCUCCCGUACCUGAGCAAGCCGCCCCUAUAGCAAGGAAGCCGUCGAGAAAGCGCUCGAAACGCGACAAGCGCAGAAGUACACCGUCUCGUGCUGCCGUCGAGCCUCUGCCAAACACUACUCAGAGAAGCGCCGAUGCCACCGUGGGGUUUGCCUAUAGCCUCGACAACCAUACGUCUCUCUCGAGUAUCGGCCAAGACCACUUCUCUGGUAGCCGUGCCACGCCGACCCUGCAAAAGCGCGCCAGCACCAACAGUAAAGGCACUUUGAAGAAGAGGCUGAGCAAACGCUCUGCUCGAGAGCUGCAACGCGAACAGGAAAUCAGGGUGAUGAGCUCGUCCCCACCAGCGGUUCAUCCUCAUUCUGCUGCCGCUUUAGCCAAUCUGGGUCCGAGCGCUUCGAGUCGCCAUGCGGAUCGCCAUUUCUCCAACCAAAGCCUGCCCAUGGAUGCUCGUUCCUCGCUGUCCGACCACUCCGACCCAUACACAUACAAAGUCAACGUCUUUUCCGUCCUCGCGCCACGACCAACCCUUCGGUACAGCGACAACUCUAAAUAUGGACCCCCUCGAAGCCUCAACCCGUCCGCGACGUCAAUGCGAAAGGACAUCAAGCUCGGCGAUGAGGAGGACUAUCAAUCGAGAAGAAGGGUCGCCGAACUAGCCGACGAUCUCGACGCUCCUGCGCUGAGAGAACUCAUGGAGAGAGACCGCCGACGGCGGGAUAAGAAGCGUCAGGAGAACCAGGAGAGAAUCCAGCGCCGGCUACAACGGAGGGCUGAACGAGAUCGCGAGGAGCAAGAGAGGAAUAUGGCCGGAAGCCCGACGAUAGGUUUGACCGAGAACUUCGAUGACCUGCGUGGCAGAGACCAGACCCCAUCUCCCGCGACAUCCUCGAAACAACUACCAGAGGAAAACAUCGUUGCUGCGCCGCGGGAGAGCGUGCACUCGCGCGAGCAACCAGGCUCGUGGCUACGCAGCUCUUCCAAAGAGAGCCAACGUAAGAGCAACCGCUUCUCAGAUAUUUCCACCCACGUAAUCGGCAACAUCGACGACCGGUCGAUUCGCGCCGGCAAAAUAGGCGAAGACUCGACGCCGCAAUACCAAUCCCCGCCGCCUCAAAAUUUCAGUUCGCCACGAAUCAACAACCUUGCUCCUGAAUCCGUAUCUGACUUGUCACGCACGGAAAAGUCGGAGAAACGCCUCUCAGACCACAGCGGCCGACGCAUGGCUACGUGGAUGUCUUUCUUUACUCGCGGCAGUCCUCGCAGCAAAGCCUCAAGAGACCUUGACGCUCCAUCUUCUGAUUUCUCCAACACAUCCAGAGAAUCGUUCACCAAAAUCCAGAGCACCGGACCCAUUCACACCGCGGCCGUCCCAAUUCCCAUCCCAGAGAGGAGCUUUUUGCGGAUUGGCACCAGCCACCGCUCACAGUCCAAAUUUACCGAACACCUUGGAGAUUUCCCUAUUUCCCCUCCGGACUCUCGCGUCCAAUCUCCAAUUCCCGUGCCGUUUGAACGCAGCACGAAUAUUUCGCCCGUGCACGAGUCGGCUGACGAUGUCAGCCCUCAAUCUCUGGUCGGCGCUGAAGCCAACCGUGAGAUGGAAGAUGUAGACCGUGCUUGGGACGGCAACAGUGGCAUGUUGUCACAGUCGCUCGCUUCGAUUGAUUCCGAAGGGUCAUGGAUGUCGGGCAAGUUUCUGCGCCGAAUUUCGCAGAAUACCACGAAUACAGCCUGGCGAAGCAGUGGCGGAAAGUCUAAACUGAACCGAUCCGACGAAACCAAUGGGGGCGACGACUUGGCCAGUGACGUGUAUUUCAACGAGUUGGCUGAAGAGCCCGUAGAGAACAAACGCCACUCUGCGACUGGAUUGCGCAGAGCAAGCAGCAGCGCAAUGGGCCUUGAAAUCGCCGCCGACAGUGACCGAUCACCCUCGCCAGAAGCCGAAGAAGGCACGAAUGCCACAGAGUCUUGGCGCGGAGGAGUCGCUCGCAAGCCAACAGUCGUCCGUCAUGCAGCUAUUCGGGCUCAGUCGAAGGAAAUCGUGCUGACCGACAUUGACAUGCUCGACGCAGCGAUGGACGAGAGUCCCAUCAGCCCUGUCAGUGACGAGGCUGUCGAGAUUCAGCGCGCUCACAGCGUCGACUAUGGCCGUGGCCACAAACAUGCGCGUCAAGUGAGUGCAGGCAGUGCCAAAUUGUUGGACAUUCCGCCACGGUCGUCGGUUGACUCGCAUUCUGCGGAACAGAUAUAG